GUGUCUUUGCCGAGUACACGCGGUUCGCGCCCGUUGUCAGUGCGAGUUUCGACAUCCUAUCACCGCGACGGCGUGGCCAGGCAGAAUGUUUACAAACGUCGACGUCCGCGGCGUUGCACGAGGACACUGCUCUCGCGACAGAUGCGAAUGCGACGGCUUUACGCGCUCCCACACAGAGGGACACGUCAGUGGAAGCGGGGUUGUCGAGUGCGGCUGGUGUUGCUACUGCGGACAUGCGCCAGUCUGUCACACUCGUGCCGACCCAAACAUCUUUGGACGGGGAGAAAUUUUUCCUGUCAGCUGGCAAGCUGCCCGGCCACCAUUGCUUGACCAGUCGGUGUGUCAUGACUCUGACAGUGUCAUAUUGGAGCCGGAGGAGCCAGUGCUUGACGAUGUCAUUUUGGAUGAACCAGAGGAUGAGAAGGACGUAUUAAUUGAUGAAAACCAACACCUGGAGCAAAGCAAGGUCACUCUUCUGCAGGAUGUUUCCUUGUUGGACGUUUCGACAUUGAACAGUGAUCUCCAGCAGAGGGUUGAUAUCCUGCAGAAGCUUCAAAAGCUUGAACAGGAAAAUGAGGAGCUAAAGAACCAUAUCGCUGGUAAAAAGAACCUUCCUGAAUCGCUUCCCAAAUUGGAUGAUCGGGGGAAGAGCGUCGGGCACCUGCUACCGGAACAAAAGAACAGCGGUGGGAAAAGAGCAGAUGACUGGGAACUCCUGCCCGAACAAGAGAACAGCCCCAGGAGCGUUUCCAGGAAGGGUCGCAGGAACAUUCCACGGAAGGGUAGCAGGAAGUGUCUCCGGAAGAGUCCCAGAAUCAAUGGCCAGAACAGCUCAGAGGUCAGCAGCAUGUGCAAUGACCCGUCCAUGCACACCCUGACCAGGCAAAGUACGCACCUUGCAGACAGUCAGUGCAGCUCUCGGGUCAUGCACAAAGAUCGGCAGAUAAGCGCGCACGUUGGAGACUGCUCAAGGCCGUAAACGAAACUAGCCGGUGAACAGCUGCGGAUGUCCUGGCCUGACUCAGAACAUUGUCACCUGUCAGAGCUUGAAGCUGGUUUGCUGUCAUCCUCGGACCUAUAUUUCGAGUGAUGAUCCCUAAAUUCAAGUGCAGGGGCAGCUUAUUUCUGAGCGGGGCACUUUUCUCGUGGUGCAGUUGCGCGGGAUGGAGCCGCCAUGGGAGUGACUUUUGAUAAAUGCAUUGUAACAACGGCAGCGGCCCUCGCCAGGAUACUGCGAGUGAAGCGAAACCAAAACUCUUCGAAAUUGGCUGAAAAUACCAGGUCCACAUGUUGGACAUGUGGCGGACCUGGUACAGCAG